AACUCAUUAGAAAAAUUAAACAUACAGUUCAUCAUCUAUUUCAAUCUUUGGAUCUAAACUCGGAAGACAAACAGAGAUAGAGAAUGGACGCCAUUGAUUCUGUGUUCGAUCCGCUCCGAGAAUUCGCCAAGGACAGCGUUAGGCUCGUGAAACGCUGCCACAAACCCGAUCGCAAAGAAUUCUCCAAGGUUGCCGUGCGUACCGCUAUUGGUUUCGUUGUGAUGGGAUUCGUCGGUUUUUUCGUGAAGCUCAUUUUCAUCCCAAUUAACAACAUCAUCGUCGGAUCUGGUUGGGGACCUACAAUCGCCUCAGAAAUUCAAGUUGUCGAGCAAAAGGAGGCAGAAAGAGUUCCCACAUCGAUCAUGCAAUGCCCUUAAUCUUAGUUCUGCUGUUUUUCAUUUUCAGUUUUUCCUUCGGACUUAUUACCGAUUUGAGAUGUAAUAUUUUAUAUUUCCCUUGUUAGACGUUGGCACAUUGUUUUGACAUAGGAAAAGGAGGGAAAAGGAAUUUAGAAACUUUAGUAGUUAUGUUUUGAUACUUACCUAACUGUGCUCUCUAGUUUAUUUUAUGAUGAAUUCAUGGU